AUGUCUCUAUUCACGCGAAUGCUGCUCGCCUCCACAGCGCUGGCUCGCUUGGUCGCCGCCAGCACGGCUGCAAGCGAUAGCCAUGGAUCAGAUCCCAGUCCUCCGGCAUCCCAGAAGCCCAAUUUUAUCUUCAUCAUGACCGACGACCAAGAUCUGCACCUCAACUCGCUGGAUUACAUGCCUGCCGUCCGUAGGCAUUUUACAGAAAAGGGAACAACGUUCGACAAGCACUACACCACCGUAUCACUGUGUUGUCCUUCGAGGGUAACCCUCUUCACGGGGCGAGCCGCGCACAAUACCAAUGUGACGGACAUCGUGCCGCCCUAUGGUGGAUAUUCGCAGUUCAUCGCCGAAGGAUGGAACGACAAUUAUCUCCCAGUAUGGCUUCAGGCAGAGGGCUACAACACCUACAUCUCUGGCAAGCUCAUGAAUGGCUUUUCGGAUCAUAAUUAUGACAAGCCUCCACCCAAAGGAUGGACAUCCCGCGAUCUAUUUGUUGAGCCAAAUACUUACGUAUACUACAACGCAUCCAUGCAAAGGGACAAGGAGGAGCCCAAGUACUACCCACACAACUACUCAACUGACCUGGUUGGUGACAAAGCCGUUCACUUCCUGGACCAUGCAAUCGACUCGGACAAGCCCUUCUUCCUCGCCGUAACGCCGGUGGGCCCACAUUCCGAAUCGGUGCCGGACGGCUUCUCCCACCCUGUCCCGGCGCAUCGGCAUGAACACAUGUUCCCGGGUUUGAAGGCACCACGUACUUCAAACUUUAACCCAGACGUGCCGAGUGGCGGGGGCUGGAUUAAGACGUUGGACCAGCUCAACGAUACCGUCGUCGACUACUUGGACGACUGGUAUCGAAACCGGAUCCUGGCGCUGCAGUCGGUCGACGACAUGAUCAACGACAUCUUGCGGCGGAUGGAAAAGGACAAGGACGUGCUCGACAACACGUACCUCAUCUACACGUCGGACAAUGGGUACCACGUCGGCCAGCACCGACUCGCGCCGGGCAAGACGUGUCCAAUUGAGGAGGACAUCAACAUUCCCUUUAUUAUCCGAGGACCAGGUAUCGACGCCGGCAAGACGGUUAGCAUUCCCACGACACACACGGAUCUUGUGCCGACGCUGUUCCAGCUGGCCGGCAUCCCACUGCAGGAUGAGUUUGACGGCGAGCCCAUGCCCGUCACCUCGGAACAGAUUGAGGCUUGUGAGCACAAGAACGAGCACGUUGGCGUCGAAUACUGGGGCAUUGGUAUUCCGGAAGGCAAGUACGACGGUACUGGAGCCCUCAUGGUCGGAGGCGGUGGUUUGUUCAACACGUACAAAGCGGCCCGAGUCAUCAGCGACGACUAUAACAUAGCUUAUAUAGUCUGGUGCUUGAAUGAACACGAGCUGUACGACAUGACGGUUGAUCCCGGGCAAAUGAACAACUUGUACGGCGAAAACGGCACAAUCAACGGCUGGCAGAUCCCGCAGUUGACUAACCGCAUCGAUGCGCUGGUCUUGACGCUCAAGGCAUGCAAGGGCUCCGUGUGCACGCGGCCGUGGGAGACGCUGCACCCUCAAGGUGACGUGCACAACCUGGCCGAGGCAAUGGACCCCAAAUUUGACGACUUUUACCGCGACGAGGCAAAGGUCACCUACUCGGCGUGUAUGAAGGGCUAUCUGCCCGAUUUUGAAGGCGUCCUGUACCCGACACCAUUCUCGACCAGCGCAAACUACUCGUCGGCAGAGCCCCAGCUGAGAAUACCCCGGUGGGCAGCAUAG